UACAGUACCGGAACGCCCACCACUACACUGAACAUGCUCGUCCGGCGUGCGUGAGAGCACACUGCAAAGAGGAUAGAAUAGAGAAACCAAAACUCUUCAACUCAGAAAAUGUACUCUAUGGAAGAUAGCAAAUUUUUUUUUUUUUAUGAACCCCGUCGAAUGUUGGAGCAAAGUAAUUAUAUGGCAGUUUUGUAAAAACAAAAUCUAUUUUUUUCCCGGGCGUGGUUUGCACUCAGCAUUCCUUGAUACAUGUCAUGUGACCGAGGAUUAAUUUAAACAGUACAUUAAAAGGGGCUGGAAUCGGGUCAGGUUUAGAGAAAGUCCGUCGUGCUUCUUAUGCAGUAUAGCCUGUCCAAGUGUGUUUAGAUAGUUUGAAAUAAACAAACCAGGGUAUGGACGAGAAGGAUGACGACCAGCUUGGGGCGUUUGAUCCCAACAUUCCAGAGGAGGGUCCAUCGGCGCCCCCUCCUGGCUGGCUGGACUGUGUGACAGGGUACGACGAGCCCAAAGGGGGAGACACAGGAGACCAGCUGUACCCUCCUCCCCCUGCCUACAACCCUCAACCUGAGAAUGACAGGAAUGCAUCCGUCCCUAACGUCAGGGUACCUCAAGUGUCAGAGAGUGUGGCUAGGGAAGCUCUCCUGAAGUUUGUGGGCUCCAAGUGGUCCAAAAGCAGCAAGCCUGCCAGAAACCUGACCUUCAAGGAGUUACAACCUAUCACAAUGUAUCGGUAUCGUUUGGAGACAUAUACUGAGUCCAGAUCCAGUGCCUGGGAGAUGGAGCCAUUUACUGGCCAGGUGGUAGACGGACCUCAGUACGGGAUGAGCCCACCUCCGUGGGACGUCCCGGUGCAACAGCCGCAGAGAUACAUCGAUGUGAUCCUGAAAGUGCGUGUCCCUCACUCCUCCUUUGUAAAGACGUGCCACCGAUGCCAUGGCUGUGGUAGGACGCGCUGCACACACUGUGCAGGGAGGGGAAAUAGGCGGUGUCCGUUCUGCCACGGACAUGGUCGCAGGACAACAGGACAUGGACGUAACAACAGGGCCGGAAACAACAGAUGUUCCAGCUGCCAAGGAAGGGGGAGGAAGAGAUGCACGUUCUGCCAUGGACACGGACACAAGACCUGCCCUACCUGUCAGGGCAACAGAAACCUGAUGCACUUCAUUCAGCUCACCAUCACAUGGAAGAACCACGUGUUUGAGUUCGUACCGGACCGGCUGCCUGAGUUCCCUCUCAAGAAGUUUGAGAAGGUGUCUGGGGACGCCUUCUUCAUUGAUGAAAGUAUUCUGGUGUACCCCAUCGUGGGUUUUCCUGACCAGGAGAUCUGUGACGCCUCCAGGAAGGCGUCUCAGGAACACCACAGCAAGUUCUCACCACAGCAAGUUCCCUGUCGCAUCCUACAACAGGUGAGUUAUCUCUGGGUCUAUAGCUGGUGUCCUGGUCCAAUACUCAUCCUACAUCAGGUGAGUUAUCUCUGGGUCUAUAGCUGGUGUCCUGGUCCAAUACUCAUCCUACAUCAGGUGAGUUAUCUCUGGGUCUAUAGCUGGUGUCCUGGUCCAAUACUCAUCCUACAUCAGGUGAGUUAUCUCUGGGUCUAUAGCUGGUGUCCUGGUCCAAUACUCAUCCUACAACAGGUGAGUUAUCUCUGGGUCUAUAGCUGGUGUCCUGGUCCAAUACUCAUCCUACAACAGGUGAGUUAUCUCUGGGUCUAUAGCUGGUGUCCUGGUCCAAUACUCAUCCUACAACAGUUGAGUUAUCUCUGGGCCUAUAGCUGGUGUCCUGGUCCAAUACUCAUCCUACAUCAGGUGAGUUAUCUCUGGGUCUAUAGCUGGUGUCCUGGUCCAAUACUCAUCCUACAUCAGGUGAGUUAUCUCUGGGCCUAUAGCUGGUGUCCUGGUCCAAUACUCAUCCUACAUCAGGUGAGUUAUCUCUGGGCCUAUAGCUGGUGUCCUGGUCCAAUACUCAUCCCAUCAGGUGAGUUAUCUCUGGGUCUAUAG